UUCCCAUAAGUUAGAUACAGAGACAGAUUCAUCAGACACAUUCAUUCAAUUAUAUAAGGAUGCAGGGUCAGGAAGGGGCCUGAACGUGUUGGAUUUUUUUUCCAGGAGAUAUGUUGCUUAACAGGGAGAAAAAUGGACUGUGCUGUGAGUAGGAGAUUGCGUGCAGGACUUUAGUUUCCAGCUAUUGUUAAGAUGUGUACUUGAGAGCUGGGAACCCUGUGGCUAACAGCGAUUUGGAAAGACUUGAAAACGGGGAGAUGGCAGUGCUCUAAAAAGACUAAUGUCAGAUCUGUGGUAAUAGCAUAACAAGAGAGAAUACCAUGUUGGAGGAUACAGAAAGGCCCCGGAGGAAGAGAGGCGAGCUAGCCAGAUCUAUGGCCAGAUGGCUGUAGAGUGAGUGUCCCAGGUCUGUCUUCUGUAAGAACAUAGUUGGAAUUCCUUCAGCUUGGGAGUAGCCCCUCUGGAGUACUAAAUAACUCAGUGUGGAGUCAUCCUAGACCCCUCAGUGAGGACUGGUUUGCCCGGGAUGCAUCAAUGUUUUAAAGACAAACAAGCUAUUAAGAGGCUGAAGGACAGUUGGAGAAUAAGGGGUGAAAUCAGUUGGGAGUCAUGGUCUGGUCAUCUGCUUGCUUCAGCGUUGGAGGGAAAUGAGAAAGUAUGACUGGAAUAAUCAAAAACAUGGAAGAAAUUGCCUUUGAAGAAAUAUGAAAGGGAAUCAGACUGUGGUAAGGCUGAGUAAGAAGUGAUUUCACAGCCAUGUAUCGAACAAGGAGUGGACUAAACCGAGUCAAGCAAGAACUGCUAUUCUUCCUGAGCUGCUGUUUCUCUCUUCAUGAAAUGGGCAAGAGAGGAAGCAGAUCCUGUAAGAAGAUUAUUAUUAUUAUGUAUUGUCAUCUUAAUUUAUGUUUCAUUGUGGAACUCAUUGUCCCAGAAAGUAGUUUAAUCUUAACUGUUUGGAAAGUGACUCGACACAUAUAAUUAUCAGGAGUUAGAUCACCUAUGACAGCAGCUUCUCAGGAAAGGGAAUUAAACUUUGUGAUUCAGAGCUUAAAUUAAUCUCUGACUUCUGAAGACUCGAUGAACCAGGUUGUGUAUGGGGCCAGGGAGCCUCGGUCCAUCACUAAUUACCGCAGGGGCUUGUACCACCUUGAAACCACAGUCAGCCUGCAUCUGACAUGGCUGGGCAGGCUCCCUGCUCCUCCUGAAGAUCCUUUGCAACAGAGCUCAGAGGAGACAGGAAUCAAUGCUUCCUGCUCCCUUCCACCAGCGAAUGCACACACAAGCCUUUCCUGAGGGUAGUGCUGUGUGGUGCUGUUUCCGACGCCGUUCUGUCCUGACUCUCAUUGCGGGAUGGCUCUAAUCCUGCUAAUGUGCCUGGAGCAUCCCGUAGCCUCCUCUCUCUACCCCUGUGCUACAGCUGCCUUCCUACCCAGAUGCUGCUUCUCCCCUGCUAAUAGGGGAGCACUUCGUGUUCAGUUUUGCCUGAGUUGGCUGCGCUGUCAACAGAAACGUGUCGUGCUAGACAGAUGCAUUCUGUUGCUCUGUAAAUAUGUGUAAUGAGAACAUAUCUCUUCACAGAGGAUUGCACAGCGCAGUCAUGGUUGCAUAAACACAGGGCGAAGCAGAUUUCUGAGCACACGUCAUGGACACGCAGACAUAGCCUGCAGGUCAGGAGACUGAUCGAAGCAUGGGGCUCAGGCAGGUUCCUAAGGAGUCUUGCUGAUGGAUUAUUUGGAUGGGGAAGAAAUCUUUGAACAGCUAGUCCAAGCAUCACUGCUUGUGGAGUAGCUUAGAGAGGCCUCCCUACUUCUUUGCUCCAUCAUUCAGGCCAAAUUCUGGUGUUGACAGAAUCAGGGGAAUUGCUCUGGGAGGUAAUAUGGUCCUUCCCUUUCCUCGCUGUGGGUUUGGAAAAUAUGCACUGACUGUAUUUAACUUCCAAAUGCAAUGCACACGGCACUGCACAGGGCAUGUAAUCCCUGCUCUGAGAUCUUGAUGUCCAGACAUGAGCCUUUUAGCUUCAUUCCCUUCUCUUUGUCUCCUGUUCCACUGUCUUGGGACAUGACUCCAGCCUGGAUCGUACUUUUUGGUCCCACCACUGUGAGCAAGAAGGCAGCUCAGAAGACAGAGCAAUAAAAAAAACUUCCAGGCUAUAGUACUGUAAAUAAUGAAGCUGAAUUGCUCCCUGCUUUGCAUGCUAACUAAGGUGAGGAUGUAUUUAGCAUUGAAUAUGAGAGGGUGUUUAUUAUUAAUGUCAGAGCCGCUACGUGGGCCGCCCUUUUUCUGGCUGCCCAGAUGUGGUCAAUGUAGUCAGUGCUGGUGAAGCAAGCGCAAAAGACACAUUGGGUGUCUCUUAGCAAAGGGAGGAAAAAGGGAAAGUUUCAAAAUGCAUCUGGGUCAUAACUGUGGGUUCACAAGUGACUUCAUCCAAACUGUAGGAAACUUCAAACUACUGAGAAGCUCUGACUUCUCUCUGAGUCAAACCUCGUUAGUACAAGGGCCCUGUUUGCUGCUCUUGGUUAAAGGAGCAGCAGGGCCAGAGCGAGGAUUGAAGGUGGUUGUGAGGCCCCAGGAGUUUGGGGUCUGCUAGUAAAGCUGCCCUUGAACAAAGCCUAGGGGAGUGCUAGACCUUAGUUUAGUGGGAGAACAGACCAUCCAGCUAAGGUGAUACAAAAACAGCCCCUUUAUGAAGAGUAAUCCAGCCAACCGGCUUUCCUCUUUGACAGGGUAACUGGGUGCAUGGAUGGGAGGAAAGAAAAGUGGAGGAGGAACAGGUACGAUUUUAAUUUUGGCUUAAGUGUUUCACGAUGUCUGUCACGCAAUUCGUAGUGAGCAAUCUGGGAAAACACCGUAGAUGAAAAUCAAUGAGCUGGGAGUGCAGAUGUCCUUGGGUGGUUUGUGUUGGCUCACUGUCGAAGGAGGACUGCCCAGCUAGUGUCCCUUGUCUCCUGCUGGUACCUUGCUCUGAGAAUGGAGAGCAUUUAGCAGAGAUCAGCUUGAUAAGAGGUUUAGAAAACAUGACCUAUGAGGAAGGGUGGGAGGAAUUGAUCCUGUUUAGUCUAGGGGUGAUUGAGGGGAGACAUAGAGCUCAAGAUUUUAAAAAUAAGCUCUGUGUUUUGGAAACCUUUGUGGUGGGUGAAGCCCUACAGCAGGCCUUGAAGGAAGGCUGCCCUUAGAGUUGGUCUGUCCAGGAUGGGGUCGCUGCUCUCAGUGAAGUGCAGCGAAACACUGACCUUUCCAUUCCCUCUCGUGGUAGGUUUCCAUGAUGCUGAAAAUGCCUUUCUAUGGAGAAGGGGACUUACAAUGAUUUAAAAUGGGCAAGCUCUGAAGCCUGCUGUUCUUCCUGGACUUCAGGGCAGGGUAAAUGGCCCAGGAACUGGGAGGUACCGACCUGCCAAAAACAGUCCCUGUUCAUAAGGAGGGUACUCCUUGCCACUUCUGAGGGCGAGCAGAAACCUGAGGAUCAGCACAGCAGCAAAUCACAGUCCUUGGUCAGGCGCUGAAGAAGAGAAAGGUUGUCUGGGUUUGUUUUCUCCUUUUCUCUCUGGAGCUGCUAAUCUGCUCUUGAAUGUCAGGUCUCCAUAAGGCUGAGAUCUGGGACUGCAGCUGCCUUCUCUUCCAGCCCUGUUAGCAAGCCAGUGGUCUUAAUGCGAUAAAACAUUCCCCAAUUCCCAUUCCUUCAUCGCACAGCAUGUGGAGAUGGGACCAUGCAGUAUCCUUUACCUUUGCUCUCCCUCCAGAGCAUCAGACCAGGACAUCUGUAAUUACUUUGUAGGCUUCCAAAGGCUUGGUAAAGUUUAGAGAAGUGUUCCCUAAUUUUGAAAUUUUUGGCAGUAGGAUUUGUUUCUCUUCCCUCCCAGCCUGGCUGGGAAACUCCCUGUUUUGGGGCAGUAGCAUAAGUGAGUUUUGCUUGUUUACAGCUGAUAGGAUCCAGUUCUCAAUGAAGAGAAACACAUCACGAGUUGCUGCAGUGUGAUUAAGUGAGAGAGAUGCUGACUUCGCAUGCCCCCCAAGCCCUCUCCUCUAUGUCUCCCACCUUCGUUCCAUGGCAGGAGCGGCAGCUGUGGCUCUGCUUAAAGCCAGCUUUUAAACUAGCUGGCUUGCUAGGAGAAGGCAGGGAAGAGGAGAAGCAAAUUUCCUCUGCCCCUCUCCUCUAGCUGGGCUGCAUCCCCGAACACACAAGUGCAGUGUAGCCAAGGAAUUCUUUCCUCCAAGAGAAAGCCCAUGGGUGCAUCCAUGUGAGGCUCAGAAUAAGAAAAAAUAAUAUGCCUCCCACAUGCUCACAGCGUAAUGGCCUCUCUUUCAGCAAGCGUCUCCUUGCCGGCCCACCAAAGAGGGACGUAGUGACUCCCCUGCCAGCUAUGUGAUUAUGGCAAUUUAGCCCUCUCGUAGCUGAAGCAAGAUCUCCACUGGCUGUAAUUGCUACAGACGACAGAGCGUCUCCCCGUCUUCCCAAAAAUGAUGGAAAACAAAGUGUUUAUGUCAUUUCUGUUCUACAGCACAAUCUUGAUUUUAAAAAUGUACGUUGUUGCCAUCAUUACGGGACAAGUAAGGCUCAGAAAGAAGGCAUUCGCUAACCCAGAGGACGCGCUGCGCAACGGAGGCCUGCAGUACUACCGCGAGGACCCGGACGUGGAGCGAUGCCGCAGGGCCCAUCGCAACGACAUGGAGAACAUCUUUCCAUUCCUCUUCCUCGGAGCCAUCUACUCCUUGCUGGACCCCAGUCCCACAGUGGCCAGGAUCCACUUCUUCGUCUUCUGCGUGGGGCGCAUUGUCCACACCGUGGCCUACCUUCUGCGGCUCAAGGCGCCCACCCGCUCUGUGGCCUACAGCGUGGCCCAGCUGCCCUGCUUUUCCAUGGCUCUGCAGAUCCUCGUUGCGGCAAUCCCAUAUUGGUAACGCUGAACAAAAUUGGAUGCCCAAACCUGAGUGGUGCUCUUUCAAGAGCAGGGGGCCCACUCGGCCUGCUCUCUGCUGCUGCUUCAGCACAAAGAUUUCCCCAGCUGGUCCAGAUGCUCUGCGUGUGCAUGUCUGCGCAUGCGUAGUAGUCUGCCAGCGAGGCAGCCUGCGCUACAGGGAUACACCAUGCAGUUCUUGAUAAAAUCCCGAUGUCUGCAUACUGCAGCUAGGCAGGAAAACCUACAGAGAGAAGGGGAAACUCUUCCUCUGGAGCUGGAAGGGGAUGCUGGGGCAAGUUUCUCUCGGUCUUGCUAGGGAUGGGAAGGGUGAAGGUACAUGUAUGGGUCUCUAGAGAAAGAGGUUUCAUUGAAAGAAAGAAGGCUCACUGAGUAAUUGGCCCAGCCUCAUUUGAGGACUGGGAAGGGCAAGAUGAGCCCUCUCCCCGUGGUCAGUAAUACCCCAUGGAUCAGGAUGGAGAAGCCACAUUGGUCCCAACUGCUCUGCAAAACUCUUGGUGCAGGGGAGAGUCAACAAACACGAUAGUAACAGAGGGAGGGUUAUAAAACAAAUCUACCUCCUCGUGCCUGGCUUUGGGGCCCUGUUUGACCUGCCUGGCAGUUUGGUUUUUAGGACAGCUUUGGUUUGCAGGGAAGUGGUGGGUGGGGGUGUGUGUGUUAGUUUUUCUAUCCUUGUGAGAAGGCAAAAAGAGUCAGGGCAGGUGUCUGCCAGGAAGCGUAACAUGGAAGUUUAAGUCUCAGCGGUGGUGUUGUAAAGCCAUGGAAGCAUUCAUUGCUUCCGGUUCAUCCUCUUGUCUCAUGCCAAGAAACACAGCUUUGUUCCAGGAGGAGCUGGGGGAGUCUCACUGGAGGCAGGAGCCUGCCCAUUACAGAAGCUGCCCAGAGGACGUGGCAGGGUUUCGGCAGGUCCCAGGAAGCAGCAGAUAUGGUGCUGUUUGCUGCAGCUAGAGCUGUGAUCAUCAGUGGUCUGCAAAUGAACUGUACAAAUGUAUUUCUGCGUGCAGCCCUGCUCGCAGACUGCCAACAAGGGAAAGAGGCUGCUCUGACCUUUUGGUCUCAGUCUCGUUGUGGCAGGAUGCAACUGUGUGAUUUGCCUGAAGUAGCCAGCAGAAACGGCUUAGCCUAUGGAGAGCUGUACCCACAUACAAAGCUCAAGGGAUCCUCCUGGGUAGAUUGAGGUGCUCACACAAAACAGAGGUUUUGCAGCGUGCACACAAAGCUUACUCCCGAGAGCGAUAUGUGCAUCCACAUGCCUGUCGUGCUUGAAAAUGCUUCUGGGCAGGCGAGAGAUUUUUUUUCUUCUCCUGUUUGCAGCAUUUCUCUGGCUGCAGAAUGGCCUGUUGCUAUUCAGGGAAUGUGCCGUGACCGCUUUGGGGGUGUUUUCUUUCAGCUGCUUCCUGCUGUCCACUGCUGCCGAGCCGUGCGUGGCAUGGAUUAGUGGGUGUUUGCAGAAAGCUCUGGAAACAAGCAGAGUGGCUUUGAAUGCUCUCCCAAAGCUGUACCCCCGCAGGAGGAGGAGGAGGAUGCUCUGCGGUGCCGUGUGAAAGCAGCUGUGUUGGAGAACAGAGGUUGGGACCAGAAUAUUGCAGGAUGACAAACCCUCAUAAGUUCUUCUGCUGUGCAGCUGUCCUGAAGUGCUAAGAGCUGGUCCAGCAAACAGCAGCACGCAAUGGAGCACCCCUUUGAAGGACAAGGCGGUAGGAAGCCUCUGUGGUUCAAUGCCUCCUCCCUCCUCUGAGGGCAAGUCAGAAGGUCUUACUAAAAUCACAGAGAAAAACCAGAACAAGCAGGAAAUAGGUUCCCCUUCCACCUGUCCUAAGCACUAAAGCUCUUCCCUUAAGCGAGCUCUCCUCUGAGAUGCUCUUAUCAAGAUUUCACUGUGCGCCCGUCUGCACAAACCAAGGGGUGAAACAGCAGCUCACACUGAUGCUCUUGAACACUUGUCCAGCUUGGGUAGCAGCUUCUGUGCGACAACUCCUGAUCGCAGGGUAGAUGGGGCCUCAGACUAAACUUCUGGGUCAGGUUUGGAGCUGAGUGCUCUGCUGUCCUCCAGGGGAAGCAGGGUCCACCUUGCGUCAAAGGUAAGGAGUACUGCAGGCUCAGCAGUUUGCUUUUGGCCACUUCUCAUUUACACUGUCUCAACUCAGCAGAUGGCUGGAUAAUACCCUUUGUAACAAGCCUUUUUUGCCUCACAUGGUGAACAAGGUCUCAAACCCCUGUAUAUUUCUCUGAUGCUGCAUAUGCAUCCUGGUGGCAGGAAGCAAAUAUUCCCAAUAAAAACAAAUUACUGUA